AUGGCUAUUUUUACUGAUAUGGUGGAGCAAUUCUUAGAGGUAUUCAUGGAUGAUUUCUCUAUUUUUGGUGAUUCUUAUGAUGAUUUCUUGAGUAAUUUGGCUAAGGUUUUGCAAAGAUGUAAAGAAACAAACCCUGUCCUUAAUUGGGAUGAAUGUCACUUUAUGGUUAAGGAAUGUAUUGUUUUGGGCCACAAGGUAUCAAGGCAUGGUAUGGAAGUUGAUAGAGCCAAGAUUGAGGUUAUUGAAAAGCUCCCACCUCCUACCUCAGUGCACAAUAUUAGACACUCUCUUGGCCAUGCGCGAAUCUAUAGGCGGUUCAUAAAAGAUUUCUCCAAGAUUUCUGAGCCUCUUUCCUACUUAUUGGAGAAGGAUACACCGUUCCACUUUGAGGAACCAUGUUUGAAAGCCUUUGAAGAUUUGGAAAAUCCUGUAUCAGCUAAUCCAACACAUUAUGCCAUCAAGUACUUGAUUGAAAAGAAAGAUGUUAAGCCUCGGUUGAUUAGAUGGGUGCUUUUGCUCCAAGAGUUUGAUGGGGAAAUUCAAGAUAGAAAAGGAGUGGAGAACCAAGUGGUGGAUCAUUUGUCAAGAAUGGAAGGUGAUAAGGAAUCGAGUUCUUUAGUUCCCAUCAAGGAGACAUUUCCGAAUGAGAAAUUAUUUGAGAUGAUGGUAGUUGUGGAUUAUGUCUCAAAAUGGGUGGAAUCAAUUGUCUCUCCUACUAAUGAUUCUAAAGUUGUCAUGAAGUUCUUACAAAAGAAUGUUUUUACUCAUUUUGGCACCCAAAGGGCAAUCAUUAGUGAUGAAGGCAUUUAUUUUGUGAAUAAACUACUAGCAAGUUUGUUGGCUAAAUAUGAUGUGAGGAAAAAAGUAGCUACUACAUACCAUCCCCAAACUAAUGGUCAAGUUGAGUUGUCCAAUAGAGAGAUAAAAUGUGUUCUUGAGAAAGUUGUGAACCCUAACUGCAAGGAUUAUUCCAAGAGGUUAGAUGACGCAUUGUGGGCCUAUAGAAUGGCGUUCAAGACACCAUUGGGGAUGACAUCAUAUCGUUUGGUGUUUGGAAAAGCUUGCCAUUUACCGGUGGAACUUGAGCAUCGUGCCUAUUGGGCAAUUCAAACACUCAAUAUGGAUUUGCAACUUGCAGGAGAAAAGAGAAUGUUGCAACUGAAUGUAUUAGAAGAGAUGUGCUUAUUCUCUCAUGAAAAUGCCAAACUUUACAAGGAGAAAACAAAAAGAUGGCAUGACAAGCACAUUCAAACAAGAGUGUUUGAAAGGGGUCAGUGA